AUGGUCCUGUUUCAGUUAUAUUCUGUUGGUAUAAAGAGUAUAUUACCCGUGAGAAGUUGUCAUUCAGUAAAAACAGAAAACUCCAAAGUUAUAAAGGGACUCUGUGGUUUAUCAGCACUUGAUAUUGUUAAGGAACAUGGCAUACCAAUUCAAAGAGUUUCACUGAGUCGUGGACUUGCACUAAAUCGUUUUGAAAAAGAUUUCCUCAUUUAUCCGGAAUAUUCUGAUACAGACGAAGCUAAUAAGAUGUUACAGUUGUUAUCUUCACUCAAUAAGGAUAUCAAAGCAGCAGCAAAUCAGAAGGACUCUCUUAUGGCUAUUUGGGAUAACUACAAACUCUCUUCGUACGUUGUUCCAAAGAAAUAUGGUGGUGUCGAUAUGUGUUACAAAGAUCUUUUGACUAUUUGUGAGGGAUUAGGAUCAUGUUGGAGGUUUUAUUUUCGUUUCGAGCAGACCCAUUUAGCAUCAUCUCUUAUUUCGCUGUACGGUAACGACCUGCAGAAGUUGCAUUAUUUACCGCAAAUUGCAUCGGGAGUAAUUCGACCUGUGGUUGGUUUUUCCAGACCUGAAAUGGAACCAAAUUUGAAAUCAGUAACAUCUUUAUGUGACCCUACUAAUGGCAAACAAAAUCUGAUUGCAACAAAUUAUUUUAUCAAUGCAGAAGAUGCUAAUUUACUUCUUGUUUUUGCUAAGCAGGCUGGAGAUAAGGUAGUAUGCUACCUUUUUGAACGAAAAGAUGGAAACAGUGUUUUUGAAAUGGGAACAAAAACAUCUGUUUUUGGAAGAGACGGAUUGAAAGUUAAUUUAUUGGAUUUCAAGCAGAUGACUGUAGAGUCAAGUGCAGUGUUGGGAAAGCCUGUAGAUGAAAAAAAAAUCUCACCAAAAACAUUGGUAAAGCGAAUUACAUUUGGUGCUGCCGUCGUAGGUUUUAUGAAAACGUUAAUAAAUUCUUUGUCGGAAUACUGCAACAGAACAUUGCAACAGAAUUUGCCACUAGCAGAAAUGAAUGCUGUCAAGCAUUUGGUAACGAAACUUGCACUAAAUACUUACGUGCUUGAGUCAAUGUGCUACUAUGUUGGUGGACUUCACGAUGAAAAACUUGUAUUAUCGCUGGAUGUCGAAGAAGCAAUAAUACAUAAAUAUGCUAGACAUUUGCUUUCUGAAGCUCUAUCGUCGACUAUAGAUGUUGUUGGAAUUAAUACUGCUACAUCCGGUAUGAAUUUCAAUGAACUUCUGAAUGAGAUAAUGGCAUCUCUUUUGCUUAGCAGCACUGAAUUGGAUCUUAAAAAAUUUGUGGCGUCUCAAGUUAUUAUGUCGUAUGCAAACACUAACGCAGAUAGCAUAAGACAGUGGCGCUCCUUCGAUAAACGACUGUAUGAGCGCAUUUUUGGCCGUGUCGAAAAAGCAAUUUCAUUUCACGAUCCAAAGUUGCAACAUUUUAUUGCAGAGCAUGCACAUCCAUCAUUGAAAGACGCAUGCAUUAAUCUAGAGCACACGAUGUGGAGACUGGAAUCAUUGCUUAAUUUGCUUCUUUCAAAUCAUGGAAAAAGCAUCAUAAAUGACUACACUGCACUUGGAGCUAUUUCAAAAGUAAUUGAAUAUAAUUUUGGUAUGAUUACAACUAUAGCACGAUCAAGCCGAUCUUACUCAAUUGGCCUACGAAACAGUGAUCUUGAGAUAUCUUGGGCACAACUGUAUUGUUCGGAAGCAGCUAACAUGUCAAUGGCUGAAUUGAGGAAGCUUUAUGAUUAUUUUCGAUUUGAACGAAUGAACUCUGUGCACGCUAAUAUUGGAGAGUCUGUUUUGAAUGCUGGUGAAUACUGCAUCGAAAGUCCAAUUACUCGAAAUUGGUAA